UGACAAAACCCUAAAUCCUGGCAGGACAUUAGAGAGGGAAAGGCUGUUGCAGCAUUUGGUUCUUAUUGCCGCCAGAGAGGAACAAGCAGUCGCUCCUCCAUUUUGCUGUUCUGGAAUUCUCUUUAGUCUUGAGGCAUUUUCAUAAUCUCUUUUUGAAUUCUUUCUGUAUCUUCCUCUAUUCUGCUUCCUUCUAUCAACGCCUGUCAAAUACCUUUCGAAUUGCGCCUGUGACUGUUGCAGAGGUGCUAUCACAAAACAGACCUUUAGACAAACUAAUAGGCUUGGACAGGCCAGACAUUUACGUAGGUCAGGCUAAGCCUUUUUGAAAAAGGCUUAUGAUUGGUAAAGAAGUCGGGAUUAUGCUUUUGUAUCUUCAACUUAGGUCAAGUUUAGGCUUAGCAAGCCUUGGUCCGAUUUGAUCUCUUUCCAGUCAUUAAUCAUGACUUUGUUAGAAGUAAUCAAGGAUGCUUCAAUCAAUUCAAAACCGCUUGAUUUACCUUUGGACUACCCAAUUGUUCUGAACCCAGAGAGUAUCUUACCCACUUUAAAGGCCGAAGUUAAAGAUGAAUCUUCUUCAUCACUGGUAAGGCCCCUUACUGGGUGGCAUAUUUCGCCAAAGGAUGCUGAGAUCGUUGACAUUAACAAAAAGUUCUUUACAGAGCUGAAUGCUAAGCUCAAGAAGACUAAUAAUUUGGAUAAGGGUGACUUUGUUAGUAGUUUGAAUUCUUAUCUGGAAAACAUCAGGGACAAAGCAGGGGUUGUGAUUAGGGUUGAUUCGUCCCGAAAUGAGUAUAGCAAGACUUUGGUUGAUAAGCUUGGAGUAUACAUGGGUAAAGAUGUUGCUGGCCUGGUAUUGAAUGGGUGUGUUUCUUUGGAGAUGUGGGAAGUGGUCGAGGCUUUAAUUGUUAAUGCUAUUAUUGAGCAUUCUUGCUAUUCAAGCCUGAUCACCAAGUUAGUGGAAAAAAAGCAGUCUGAUUUGAUCUGUUUAUGCAUAAAGCAUGCUUUCGAUCUUGGUUCAUCAGAAAUACUCAGCAUUUUGAGGUAUUUUCUUUCGCCAUCCAAAGAUGCUUAUAACAGUAUGCUAAAUGUGAAGAAGGAGUGGAAGAGGCAAGCAGUGUUAGCCAUUGAGAUUUUAAGUGGUAGCAAGCUGAAGAGGAAGAAAUUGCUUUUGGCAAAGGAGGCUUCCAUUUUGCUUAUGAUGGCCUAUGAUGGUUUCUCUGCGUCUGAGACUUGUUUGCAUUAUCUGAUUGCAUCAUCCAACAUCAAUGACGUGAUGCUAUCUCCUUCACUCAGUAAGUUGAAUGGCAAAGAAUUAAUAAAUUUGAUUCGUUAUUUAGGCAAGUGGUUGAAGAAAUACGAGAGGUUUCCUCAAGCAGGACCAUGUCCAAGAGCCUCAUCAGUUUUGGGUUUGGAGGCUUGCGAUUGGGUUCCUAAACUUGAAGAUGUUAUAAAAUGUCUUGGCUUACUGCUAGAUGAGAAAUUUUCUUCAUUGGUGUUACAUCCACUGUUUCACGAGGAGCUGAGAUCAAUUGAAGGAGUGGUUAAUUGUUUAACUGCUGAAGCCAAAAUUUGUCACUUAACGGCUGAUGUAGUUGACAAACUAAAGAUCGAAGCUGAAAAUUUGUAAGCCUCUUCCGAGCGAGAUUCAUCUGAUUUGUUUUUUUUCAUCUUUGCAAAUGAUGUACUCGUACAUGAACAAUGGUCAAUGAGCACAAAUUUUUAUUUCUUUAUUAACACAACCCUCGUCCUAAUAAUUCAGGAUGUGUAUUUUUGUGGUUAAGGAUCAUAAUUGCCAUUCUUUUAGAGAUACA